AACCAGUGACGGUAGCAGUAUCGGAGUGAUCAAGACGUUAAGACAGAAUAUCGUUUCCGAACAUUGUCUGGAGUGUUGUCUGUUGAUUUUCCCAAAAAGGAGACAUGAAGUUAAGUAUAACGGUGAUGUCGUUAUGUCUUGCCCCAAUAGUAUGGGGACAGAUACUGAACCAGGGUGGCGAUACGCUACAAGUCCAUAGCAAAGCAAUACUAGACUUACAGUUAAGGUUAUCUACUGUAGAACAUCUGCGCAAUGAAGACGCACUACGCAUCGAUGAUCUUGCAAAAUGGCAGCAAAUUGACCAGAGACGUAUUGCCGACCUUGAGAAACAACAACAAAUUGAUCGCAGCCGUAUUUCUGACCUUGUAAACAAAAGAGAUGAGGACAAUCAAACCAUAGAUGACCUUGAGAAAAAGCGACAAGAUGAUCAGCAACGUAUUGGUGACCUUGAGAAACAACAACGUGUUUUUCAACGCCGUAUUGCUGACAUGGAGAAGAACGACACAGUUGGUGAUCAACGUCGUUUAACCUACCCUAAUAAACAGGAACCUCGUAGAAACUUUGACCCCCGUCAGAAAUUGCCCUUUAACUCGUUUACCAACAGUACAACACAUAUGGCUGAUGGAAGACGCGUGCCUAGCGUUAGGAAAACGAGAAGUGUUGGACUCCAUCCCAGAAAUUCCGAGUUACCAAGUCCAACGUUGGAAACAAGUAACCAAAGCAUUAAAAAACGUGUUUCCCCGAACAAUCAAGGUAUGGUGGCAUUUUAUGCUGUUCUAACACACACUAUAUCCCAAUUGUCUGAUCUUAUGGAAAUGCGUUUCGACCGUGUGAUCACUAAUAUUGGGGGUUCUUAAAGUGGAAACACGGGUACUUUCACGUGUACACAUGCGGGCGUGUAUGUGUUCUCGUGGACAGUACACGUGAAUUCUCGGUAUAUGUACACGGAACUGGUAAA